AUGACUGGCCGUAAGGCUGGGAAGGAUUCUGGAAAGGCCAAGACAAAGGCAAUUUCCCACCUGCAGAGAGCCAGCUUGCAAUUCCCGGUGGGCUGUAUUCAUCCACACCUGAAAUCUAGGAGGACCAGUCACGGAUGUGUGGGCGUGACUGCCACUGUGUACAGUGCAGCCAUCCUGGAGUAG